UUUCCCUUCGAAUUGCAUGAAUUUGUUGCUUGUAGACAUAACAGUGAGUGUAUUAGUUGGUGUCACAACGACCAAGCAGAAUGUUCUCAUGGCCAUUGUAGUAAUUGUCAUGGUGGUUCACAGUCUGAGUGCUCAACUGACGACGAUUGUAAAAGCCACUGCAGCGACGGAAAACAUCCAUACUGUUCACACUUUUUUGGAACUCGUUGCCAAUGUUUUGACUGCACAGAUGAUAGUCACUGCAGCUGCCCACCUGGACAGAUAGGAAAAUGUCAUAAAGAGGUGACAUACGUCAAUUUCCAUAUCACUAGUCACAUCUGCGAAUGUCAGGGUCAAACUAUCACUUCCGCACCGACAACAACUGCUUUACCAUCUGCACCACUGGCUUGUAAGGACAUAAAAAUCAGUGUUAUAGAAUCCAUCGCAGAAAAUAUUCACGUGGAGGACAGCAGAGCAUCACUGUGCUCCGGAAGUAAUAAACACCAAUCUUCUGAAGCUUACGUCAUCCACAAAUGUAACGCCACUGAAAGGACUUCCUGGAUGAAGGGUCUGUCGGUGAAAUCUGACUGUUUGACCAUUCCUGCCUACACACCUAUUUCGACAUUUUCCGGCCAAAACGAUAUGUCAGGCUUUUUUGUCCAGUGCACUGACUCUGGUCAUGGAUUAAAGAUUGCAGCCCAGACAUGCUCUCAUACCCCCAUGAUCCUUACAUUGAAUGAUACCACUACACCCAGGAUGUCCGAUUUCUUCACCAUUUUGCAACAUCUGUAACAUCAUUGUAA